AACCCGGUCAGCGCGAGCAGCUCGCUGUAAAUACUUUACCUGAAGUAAAUAUUGACGGUCAAAACCAAUUAUUUAGAAAUGAACAACUGUUAGAUAACACAUUUUAGUGCAGAAAUAUGUUUAAAAACAAAUCAGCUUGGUUCUCAGACAGUGUAAAGAGAGACUUUCCCAGGUUUUGGGGGUCUCAGGGAGGCGCUCUGUCCGACUGGAAAACAGCCGAUUACCUGUUCAGCGACGACGCUUCCUGUCCGGACACCGAGAGAAUCCAUACGAGUGAAGAGUAUGCGACGGACAGAGCCACGGUAUUUCACAGCACUUAUCUGUCCACCUGUAGGCUGCGGCACAGCACCAAAUCCGUGCCUCUCGGUCAUUAUCUACUGCCUCCUGUUUCUGUACAAAGAGAGGUGAAAGCCAAGAUCGGAAGGUUCAUCUGGGAGCAGGAUGAGAUGCUAGGAGUGCAUAUGCCAUGUGGAAACAGAAGCACUGAGCAGAGCCUGAACAUUCAGCCUGAUGCUACAGGAAGUCAGUCAGAGAAAGGAAAGAAAAGGCAGGAGAACUGCAUGAACACAUCUCCAUUCACGGAGAAAUCAGUUUGUUGCGAGGCGCAGCUCUAUCCAGUGAACAACAUGGUUUCAGGUUAUGUCCAUAUUGACCAGCUCAAGAAGUUCUCCGGAGAGCUGCGGGACUUCCUUCCAUCCCGCUCGGGUUACUCGGUCUCGAGAUCUCGCAGCAAGAAAUUUCCUCAUCGAUACAAAAACGGACACUGACGGAACAUUUUAACUCAUUAUAAAAGCUGGACAAACUAGAAAUUAGUUUUUACACAGAAAAAUGGACAGUAAGACAGACUGUAAAUAUGAAAUAUUAUCCAAUCUACACAA